GCGCCCCGGCGGGCACCAUGCAGGCGCCGCCGCUGCCCUACGAGUUCUUCAGCGACGAGAACGCGCCCAAGUGGCGCGGGCUGCUGGUGCCGGCGCUGAAGAAGGUCCAGGGGCAAGUCCAUCCUACUCUGGAGUCUAAUGAUGAUGCUCUUCAGUAUGUUGAAGAAUUAAUUUUGCAAUUAUUAAAUAUGCUAUGCCAAGCUCAGCCCCGAAGUGCUUCAGAUGUGGAGGAACGUGUUCAGAAAAGUUUCCCUCAUCCAAUUGAUAAGUGGGCAAUAGCUGAUGCCCAGUCAGCUAUUGAAAAGAGGAAGCGGAGAAACCCUUUAUCUCUCCCAGUAGAGAAAAUUCAUCCUCUGUUAAAGGAGGUCCUAGGCUAUAAAAUUGACCAUCAGGUUUCUGUUUACAUAGUAGCAGUAUUAGAGUACAUCUCUGCAGACAUUUUGAAGUUGGUGGGGAAUUACGUAAGAAAUAUACGGCACUAUGAAAUUACAAAACAAGAUAUUAAAGUGGCAAUGUGUGCUGAUAAGGUAUUGAUGGACAUGUUUCAUCAAGAUGUAGAAGAUAUAAAUAUAUUAUCAUUAACUGAUGAAGAGCCUUCCACCUCAGGAGAACAGACUUACUACGAUUUGGUAAAAGCAUUUAUGGCAGAAAUUCGACAAUAUAUAAGAGAAUUAAAUCUAAUUAUAAAAGUUUUUAGAGAGCCCUUUGUCUCCAAUUCCAAAUUGUUUUCAGCCAAUGAUGUAGAAAAUAUAUUUAGUCGUAUAGUAGACAUACAUGAACUUAGUGUAAAGUUGUUGGGCCAUAUUGAAGAUACUGUAGAAAUGACAGAUGAAGGCAGUCCCCAUCCAUUAGUUGGAAGCUGUUUUGAAGACUUAGCAGAGGAGCUGGCAUUUGACCCAUACGAAUCAUAUGCUCGAGAUAUUUUACGACCUGGUUUUCAUGAUCGUUUCCUUAGUCAGUUAUCAAAGCCUGGGGCAGCACUUUAUUUGCAGUCAAUAGGUGAAGGUUUCAAAGAAGCUGUUCAGUAUGUUUUACCCCGACUACUCCUGGCCCCUGUGUACCAUUGUCUACAUUACUUUGAACUUCUGAAGCAGUUGGAAGAAAAGAGUGAAGAUCAAGAAGACAAGGAGUGUUUGAAACAAGCAAUCACAGCUUUGCUUAAUGUUCAGAGUGGUAUGGAAAAAAUAUGUUCUAAAAGCCUUGCCAAACGAAGACUGAGUGAAUCUGCAUGUCGGUUUUACAGCCAGCAAAUGAAGGGAAAACAACUAGCAAUCAAGAAAAUGAAUGAGAUUCAGAAGAAUAUUGAUGGUUGGGAGGGAAAGGACAUCGGACAGUGCUGCAAUGAGUUUAUAAUGGAAGGAACUCUUACACGUGUAGGAGCCAAACAUGAGAGACACAUUUUUCUCUUUGAUGGCUUAAUGAUUUGCUGUAAAUCAAAUCAUGGGCAGCCAAGACUUCCUGGUGCUAGCAAUGCUGAGUAUCGUCUUAAAGAAAAGUUUUUCAUGCGAAAGGUACAAAUUAAUGAUAAAGAUGACACCAGUGAAUACAAACAUGCUUUUGAAAUAAUCCUAAAAGAUGAAAAUAGUGUUAUAUUUUCCGCCAAGUCAGCUGAAGAGAAAAACAACUGGAUGGCAGCAUUGAUAUCUUUACAGUACCGGAGCACACUGGAGAGGAUGCUCGAUGUAACAAUGCUGCAGGAAGAGAAGGAGGAGCAGAUGAGGCUGCCUAGUGCUGAUGUGUAUCGAUUUGCAGAACCUGACUCUGAAGAGAAUAUCAUAUUUGAAGAGAACAUGCAGCCCAAGGCUGGAAUUCCAAUUAUCAAAGCAGGAACUGUUAUUAAACUUAUAGAGAGGCUUACAUACCACAUGUAUGCAGAUCCCAAUUUUGUUCGGACAUUUCUUACAACAUACAGAUCCUUUUGCAAACCUCAAGAACUACUGAGUCUUAUAAUAGAAAGAUUUGAAAUUCCAGAGCCUGAACCAACAGAAGCUGAUCGCAUAGCUAUAGAGAAUGGAGAUCAACCCCUGAGUGCAGAACUAAAAAGGUUCAGAAAAGAAUAUAUACAGCCUGUACAACUACGAGUGCUGAAUGUGUGCCGGCACUGGGUUGAGCACCACUUCUACGAUUUUGAAAGAGAUGCAGAUCUUUUGCAACGAAUGGAGGAAUUUAUUGGAACAGUAAGAGGUAAAGCAAUGAAAAAAUGGGUCGAAUCCAUCACUAAGAUAAUCCAAAGGAAAAAAAUUGCCAGAGACAAUGGACCAGGCCAUAAUAUUACAUUUCAGAGCUCACCUCCCACAGUGGAGUGGCACAUAAGCCGGCCCGGCCACAUAGAGACUUUUGACUUGCUCACCCUACACCCAAUAGAAAUUGCUCGACAACUCACUUUACUUGAAUCAGAUCUAUACCGAGCUGUGCAGCCAUCAGAAUUAGUUGGAAGUGUGUGGACAAAAGAAGAUAAAGAAAUUAACUCUCCUAACCUUUUGAAGAUGAUCCGGCACACCACUAAUCUCACUCUGUGGUUUGAAAAAUGUAUUGUAGAGACUGAAAACUUAGAAGAAAGAGUAGCUGUGGUGAGUCGAAUAAUUGAGAUUUUACAAGUCUUUCAAGAGCUGAAUAACUUCAAUGGUGUCCUUGAAGUGGUCAGUGCUAUGAACUCAUCACCUGUGUAUAGGCUAGACCACACAUUUGAGCAAAUACCAAGUAGACAAAAAAAAAUUUUAGAAGAAGCUCAUGAGUUGAGUGAAGAUCACUAUAAGAAAUACUUGGCUAAACUCAGGUCUAUUAACCCACCAUGUGUGCCUUUCUUUGGAAUUUAUCUCACUAAUAUCUUGAAAACAGAAGAAGGCAACCCUGAGGUCCUAAAGAGACAUGGGAAAGAGCUUAUCAACUUUAGCAAAAGAAGGAAAGUAGCAGAAAUAACAGGAGAGAUCCAGCAGUACCAAAAUCAGCCUUACUGUUUACGAGUAGAAUCAGAUAUCAAAAAGUUCUUUGAAAACUUGAAUCCAAUGGGAAAUAGCAUGGAGAAAGAAUUCACAGACUAUCUUUUCAACAAGUCCUUAGAAAUAGAACCACGAAACCCUAAGCCUCUCCCGAGAUUUCCAAAAAAAUAUAGCUAUCCCCUAAAAUCUCCUGGUGUUCGUCCAUCAAACCCAAGACCAGGUACCAUGAGGCAUCCCACACCUUUGCAGCAGGAGCCAAGAAAAAUUAGUUAUAGUAGGAUCCCUGAAAGUGAGACAGAGAGUACAGCAUCUGCGCCCAACUCUCCAAGAACUCCACUGACACCUCCUCCUGCUUCUGGUGCUUCCAGUACCACAGAUGUUUGCAGCGUCUUUGAUUCUGACCACUCAAGCCCUUUUCACUCAAGCAGCGAUACCGUCUUUAUCCAAGUUACACUGCCCCAUGGCCCAAGAUCUGCUUCAGUAUCAUCUAUAAGCCUAACCAAGGGCACUGAUGAAAUGCCUGUCCCCCCUCCUGUUCCUCCUCGAAGACGACCAGAAUCUGCCCCCGCAGAAUCUUCACCAUCUAAGAUUAUGUCUAAGCACUUGGACAGCCCCCCAGCCAUUCCUCCUAGGCAGCCCACAUCAAAAGCCUACUCACCACGAUACUCAGUAUCAGACCGGACCUCUAUAUCAGACCCUCCCGAAAGCCCUCCCUUGUUGCCACCACGAGAACCUGUGAGGACACCUGAUGUUUUCUCAAGCUCACCACUACAUCUGCAGCCUCCCCCUUUGGGCAAAAAGAGUGAGCAUGGCAAUGCCUUCUUCCCAAACAGCCCCUCCCCCUUUACACCGCCACCUCCCCAAAGCCCUUCUCCUCACGGCACAAGGAGGCAUCUGCCAUCACCGCCACUGACACAAGAAACGGACCUCCAUUCCAUCGCGGGGCCUCCUGUUCCUCCACGACAAAGCACUUCUCAGCAUAUCCCUAAACUCCCUCCAAAAACUUACAAAAGGGAGCACAUACACCCAUCCAUGCACAGAGAUGGACCACCACUGUUGGAGAAUGCCCAUUCUUCUUGAGUUCCUCUACACUGGGAUAUACAAUUUCCUAGCUCCAAAUCCAUUGCUGGCAAUGGAUGCACUGAACAUGCCAGCCCUGAGGAGUUGAAAUUGAGAGCUCCAAACACUAAUGACUCUACUUCAAGAUGCAGUAUAAGACAAUGAAUUUUAACCUACAUGUAAGUGUACAAUGAGGUGGUAUUCCAGUUGAAAAUUUGGUAAGACUGAUCUAGAGGAAUUGGACAACAGAUUGCACCUGGAAAUCUCGUGAAGGGACAUUUUUUGUUCAGUAGACAAGAGUCCUUAUUUUGUGAAGUGAUCUUUAUCGUUAAAGGGAUGGAAAACAGUCUAAUUAAUGUCCAGCAAGCCCACAUGAUAGUUUUUGUAAUUCAAGAUAUUAUGCACUUUUAAAAACCUUUAAACAGGGAUCUUACAAUCCUCCUUUGUUUUCCUUUGCUUUACUCUUCUUUAGAAUAUUUCUUAAAAAUCAUUCAAAGGACUGUGAGGAAAGGCUGUGGUACCUGACCUUGUUGAAAUCAAGGCCCAGCACUGUACUACAGUCCUGUUUACAGAUUAUUACAGUGAAUUGAAUGGGUACCAAGGCUUCACCAAAGAGGUACUUUUUGUUGUUGUUAUUUUAAGAAUAAUUAUACCAAUUUUAAGAGCAUUCCCUAUCUGUCCCCUACACACGAAAUAUGGUGGUGUUGCCUUCAAACAAGAGAAGUUUUGUGUCAUUAAAACAAUGGAAGAAGUUUUUUAAAAUUUAACUGUCGAGUAUACUACUUACAUUUAGGAGACUGUUAAUCUGUGCUAGAUUGUCAUCCCUACCCUCUUGUCCCACAAAGGUUUACUGGUAGUGUGUGUCCUGGCUCCCAGCUGUCCCUCUAACCAUACUAUGGAAAUGCAGACAUCCAAUGUGAACAGGAGCACUUGCUGGGCCUCACUGACACCAUUCAUGUUUUACUAAUAGUCAAAUAGUCAGCAUACCUAGUUACCUUGCAUUGCUUAAAUCAUGUGUAUAUAGUGAAUGUUAUAUAAUAUACCUGGCAGGUUUGUUUUAAUUUAAUUAAAUAAAGAUACAAAUACUUUGUUUGGCUGGCAUAUAUUAAAUUAUUGUAUGGAGAAAAUGGUUGACUCCUAUUUCUUUCAGUUGAAAAACAUACACAUAAACACUAAGCAUAAAAGCACAUGUUGUGGUACGCCUUGGUUUCUAGUUCUGGACAUAUGUAUUUAUCUAAAGUUGGAGCUUGGCAUAUAGGAAAAUACUUGGUUAAAAUAGGGUUAGUAUCUUUUAAACAUAACUUUGUGGUGGUUGUUUUUAAUUUUCUAAGCAAAAUGUAUAGUUCAAGGUUUAUAUUGAACAUUUCUGCCUUGCUUAGUGAAGGUCUUCUCUGUCAGAGCGACUCCUUAUAAAACAUUCUACCUGCAUCAUUACUGUCAAAAUAUGGAUUAUUCAUUAAGCCCGUGUGCUGCUUUUCUGGGUCUAACAAAUACUGUGACUGAAAUGCAUGCAACUUGUUAAGGAGAAAAGUUUUUAUUAAUCUCCACUAUCCUAUGAAAUGGGCAGUUAUCCCAUCCUGAGAGUUCCCAGCUCAUCAGUAGCUGCAUGUGUCUUCUGAGUAACAGAGCAACAUUUCAGUAGUUCUGUUAGCCAUAUAGGGAGAGACGUCAUGGGGGAAACGUAGUACUUUAUUUCCUGUGAUAUGUGUUAGAGCACUGAAUGUACAUUCUGAUAGUACAUAGUCCUUUAAGACCAGAAAGUUUGCUAACUGCAUCAUCCUUAUGCAGUCCAUCCUAUCCUAUCAUCAUCUUUCUUAUUUAUUUGUUAGAGUUGAAGCCAUUGUUCUCUUGGUAAGGUGACUGCUGUGCUCUAAAAGUACCCUCAAAAGUUAGUUUACCCUGUUGAAUGCAAAGUGUACAUCAAACUAGUCAUUGAACAAUUACUGACCGAAGCUUACUGACUACUGCUGCUACAACUGCUUGUGUUACACAUUCCAGAAUUUUUUGUGACUUUUUACUGGGCCAGCCUAGCUGUCCUUCAGAUUUCUCUUAUUAUGGCUUAUUGAUCAUGUUUUGAUUUUCCCAUCCCAUCUUCAAAUGAAAACCUGAAAAAAGUCACAAUGGAAGCCCAUUCAGUAUCUCUCUGCAAGUAUGUUAGCCUUCAACAUGUUGAUGACCCCUUUCCAUCCUGCCUAAGCCUAGAAAGAAGGAAAAAUCAGAUGUGGCAUUCUACUCAUGCUUAUCCCAAAGGGAACCAUGCUCUAUCCUGGGGUUCUAGACCACAUCACUGUGCAGAUGUUUACAUGCAUUGUGGAAGAAGGAUGUUUUAAUUCUGAAGUUAUGACAUUUGAGUAAAAAUAUUUUCUGUAGUGGUAACUGCUUAGACAAUUUCCAAUUGGAUGCCCUAUGAAGGUAUGAGAACUAUAUCCUUUUCCAUGAAACAUCUAGCUGACAAAUUUAUCCUUAGUAAUAACUAAAACAUACUUAUUUAGGGACAAGAAGUGGGGGUAGAAAGUGCACCAUUAAAAAAACUGCUUUUGAAUCUAGGAUAGAUAAGGCAAUCAAUAUAGCAUGUGUUCUGUUAACCACCUUCCAAAACAGGGAAACCAGAUAAGUAUAUGCUUCUAAACUUAAUGAAAGGCGGGUUCUUUAUUCUUCCCAGUCCUUCAAAUAUAUUUUAAGAUACAAAUGAUAAGGAAAUAGACAAACAUUGAAGGUCUGCUUAACUAAAGUUUGCUUAAAUGAAAGUUGUUGCACAUCAAAUUCUGAGUUGGGAGGGUUAUAUUCUCGAAUUCAAGGAUGAUUCAAUGGGUCUGACUUGAACAAAGAGUAUGCCACCCGCACGGCAGUACAAUGGUCUACUGAAGGACUGUUUCAGCUGGAGACUGUACUGUGUUUCAGAAUUCUUCCUUAGUGUUUUUUUCCUAAACCAAAAUUUGUUUAUGCAAAUCAAAAAUUAGUUGGUAUUUUUGAUCUUACAAAUUUGUUCUCAAGUCUAGCUUACUUCAGUCUUAUUCAUUAUCUUUUAUAUGAUAUCUUAAAUUCAGAGUAUUUAGUGGCUCAGCAAAACAAUGUGGGAAGAGUUGUCCCAAUUUAUCAGUGUUGUACAUAUAAAAGAAACCCUUUUUUUCUCUUCAGAUUCAGAAACAAAAUAACCAUGUGUUUUUGGGUAUGUUGCUGCUGUGGAUAAGUUUACAUGGUCUUUUGACCUCUAAUGUGGACUGCUUGCUGUCCACGUGUAGGUCCUGUCAUAGUACACAUUAAUCUACCAGUAAAAAUACACAUCACAAAGUUAGUAUCCAUUUGGCUGGAAGAGAGAAUUAUGCAGUGACUUUUAUAAGGGAAAGUGAUGACUUUAUUUAAUAUUUCUCUCAUUUGAAACAGUACUAACUUUUUAAAUAAUUUAAUCUCUUAUACAUGAGCCAAUGAAAUAUUCUGAGUUCUAGUUAAGAAAAAGCAUGAUGUCUAUAUAUAAACAACAAAAGCUUGUAACUUCUUUUAUAAAUUUCAUGCCUUAUUUUCCAUUUUUGACACCAUAAAGUGCAUUUUCUGUGAACUGUGAGCAAAUUUCCCUUUUGCCUUUAAUGAAAAUAGUGCAUUAAGUAGCCAAUUGCUGCAAAGUUCAAGCUACAGAUGGGCCACAUUGGAGCACCACUCACAGGAUGAAGAUGCAUAAGCGGUGAAGUUCAACGUGGUGUGGCAGAGGGCGGCGCCCCAGUGCCAGAUGCAUGCCACUUUCAGUAGCUGCCAAAUGUGCCUUUAAUUAAGAACAUCUCUGAUUUCUUUUCUUCAGAUCAAGUCAGCAUUUGGGGGCGGGAAUAGGGCAGGGAAUUUGGGUGCGUAAGUAACUGGUGAAAUCACCAGAGAAUUUGUUUGUCCAAGUGACAUGUAUAAUUUUUAGUUGAGAUGUGUCUGUGUAUAAGUGUGUAUUUGCCUUUGUUUAGUAGCACGGUUAUUUGCUAAGUAAUUGUCAAAAAUUGCUCUGUCAGUCUUACUCUGAUGUAAGAACCAAGUGUGGUCUAUAUACAUCUAAUAUGGCCUUUGUACCUGACCAUGUUCCUAGGUAACUUUUGUACUGUGUUCAGUAGUAUUUGGUUUGCGUUUAAAGUGAAAAUGAUGGCUGUUAUUUUUCUGGCAUUACUAAGAUAAACUGAAAAAAUAAUAAAUAAAAAUGCCUUACAUA